AUGAGCGACAUUCGGCACUCGCUGCUGCGGCGGGACGCGCUGAGCGCCGCCAAGGAGGUGCUGUACCACCUGGACAUCUACUUCAGCAGCCAGCUGCAGAGCGCCCCGCUGCCCCUCGUCGACAAGGGCCCCGCCGAGCUCCUGGAGGAGUUCCUCUUCCAGGUCCCCAAGGAGCGCGGCGCUCCGCCCAAGAGAUUGAAUUCACUUCAGGAACUUCAGCUCCUUGAGAUUAUGUGCAAUUAUUUCCAAGAGCAAACCAAGGAUUCAGUCCGGCAGAUCAUUUUCUCAUCUCUCUUCAGCCCUCAAGGAAACAAAGCAGAUGACAGCAGGAUGGCUUUACUAGGAAAACUGGUUUCCAUGGCGGUGGCUGUGUGCAGGGUUCCUGUUCUGGAGUGUGCUGCCUUCUGGCUGCAGCGAACCCCUGCUGUGUAUUGCGUGAGGCUAGCCCGAGCCUUGGUCGAUGACUACUGCAACUUGGUGCCAGGGUCCAUCCAGACGCUGAAGCAGAUAUUCAGUGCCAGUCCUCGCUUCUGCUGCCAGUUCAUUACAUCUGUCACAGCUCUCUACGACCUCUCUUCAGAUGACCUCAUCCCUCCUUCGGAUCUGCUUGAGUUGAUUGUUUCCUGGAUCUUUGAAGACCCCCGCUUGAUCCUCAUCACCUUUCUAAACACUCCAAUUGCAGCCAACCUGCCAAUAGGGUUUUUAGAGCUCACCCCGCUGACUGGACUGAUCCGUUGGUGCGUGAAGGCCCCCUUGGCUUAUAAAAGGAAGAAGAAAGCCUCUCUCUCAAAUGGACAUCCCCCCAGCAAAAUUGCCAAGGACUCGACUUCAGGAGAAGACAGAGAUUGCCAUCAGCUGUAUUCAAAACUGCAUCUAAGUGUCCUGCAGGUUCUUAUGAUGCUUCAGGGGCAUUUAACGGAGAAGAACCUUUAUGGGCGCCUGGGGCUAGUACCCUUUGACCACGUGGUUCCACUCGUUGAGGAAAUUAACAGACUAUCUGACGAACUCAAUCCUCUCAAUGCAUCCAAAGAGAUUGAACUGGCUCUAGACAGACUGGCUCAGGCUUUGCAAGUGGCCAUGGCAUCGGGAGCACUCCUGUGCACUAGAGAUGACUUGAGAACUGUGUGCUCCAGGCUACCGCAUAACAACCUGCUCCAGCUGGUGAUUUCAGGUCCAGUACAGCAACCGACCCAUGGCGCUCUGCCACCAGGAUUUUAUCCUCAUAUCCAUACGCCUCCUCUGGGCUACCCCGCGCACGCCGCGCACCCUGCGCUCCCGGCUCACCCGGCGCUCCCGGCUCACCCCGUACAAACAUUUAUACCAGGAAUGACAUUCCCGUACCGACCCAUUCGCUAAAAUGCUAAGACUGUAGAGUGUACCCAGUUUCCCUUAGUUUGAGGAAGCCUUGCAGAUGAAACCAAAUGUUUCGGGAACCACAUUUUCCUCUUUGGUGUAAAGCUGAGCAAUGCCCGCGUGAGGGAUCAGUCCUUCGGCAGUGGAGAAGACACAGACGGGUAGGCUGCAGUCGAUUUGGAUGUGGGAUGCAGAUACUAAGGCAGAUCGUAGGGACAAAAGGAGGGGGUGGGAAGAGGCAACAGAAACUCCAAACCUCUGCAGUGUGUGGAAAUUUUUUUAAUCCACAUUGUUUCAUAUAAUCACCAAGGGUAUGAUACUUCUCAAUCAUGUGUUUUUCAGUAGCCCUGAUCUGUUUAUGGCACAGUGAGCCCAGCUAGUCUAGCUCUAGGAGGGCCAGAAAGAAAGGUGUGAGAUUUUUCAAGCUAGUCCGCUCCAGCCUGCUCGUUUCUUUGUAAAUGUUUGUAUCUAUAGCUACAGAGUAUGUGUACACUGUAUAUUUUUGGAACACAAAUGUUUGUUUCAGAAGCACAAGGUAGAGUAAAGCAGCACUUCCUAUUAAAGGAAACAAUUUAAGAUGCGUAAAAUAAUUCUGCCGCUUUAUCUUUCAAACAGCGAUUAGAAGGUCCAACUCGUUAGGCCGGUGCUAGGGAGGGAACAAAACCCCUUCGUGGCUGCAGCGACCCAUCGUCCUCCAGGCUCGGGAAAUGCCCUCUUCACACGCCUCAGUCGGUGAUUCAUGAAACUUUGGGGUGAGAUCCGGUGCGUUUAAUUAAUGCUACCUGGAAAACUGGCCAGAGGCUGGCUGCGGCGCACUGGCCAGCUCCGAGCGAGGCGCAGGCGGGUGCGGAAGCGUCCCGGGAAGGGCGGCAGAACUUGCUGCUCUUGGCACUACAGCGAAACACGCCGCCUAGCCCCGUU